CAUCUUCCAGUCCUUUUCAAUCUUCGAGGAAAAAAAAGGUAAAAUACGAAAAGAAUAGUAACACAAGCGAAAAUUAUAAAACUGUAAACUAUCUUCCCUUUUUCUCUCUUGUUCAUAUCAGAAAAACUUCUCCGAAACGUCAAAAUCCCAAUGUUCGUUAACCUCAGAUCAAUACAUUUCUUCUGCGGAAUUCUUCAUAUCCUUUGCUAAAUUGUUUUGCUCUCUUCCGUCAACAAUUUGUUGCUUUAAUUUUCCAUUAUUUUCGUCGCUGAAUUUCGGCAAUUUUCGAGAAGAUCGUGCCUAGGGUUUGUCGCAAAAAUCAACUGUAAUUUUCGCCUUUAUUUUUAUUUUUUGUAUUUCGAAAUUUUGUUUUUGUCAUGGAUUUCUAUGCAUUGUUUUGUUAGGUUUUGAUUUUGAAAAAACAAAACGUUUUUCGAAAAUUUUAACAUGAAUUUUACGUUGGUUUUUUUGCAAUUAAUGGUUUAGGAAAUUUCUAUGUUGUUUGUUGUUUCUGAGUUGCGAUUGAUGUUUACGAGAAGGAGCAUAUGUUGGUUGAGGUUUGAAACUUUUAGGGUUUGAUUUUUGGGUUAAUGAUGAAGGAAGGAAGAGACAUGGUGGUUAAUGAUAGUAGAAGAGAAACGGAUCUACAUGGAGAGAGAAUUGUUGAGAGAGAACACGGAUGUUCGCCACAUUUGGAAGUUGAUGAAAGAGGGAUUGGUUUCGUUGUGAUGAGUGGAAAUGGUGAUGAACGUUUGAGAAGUUUUCAGGGUUAUCCAUUGAGGGAUGAUGAUGCGUCUUCAAGGUUUCAGUGGACUCAUUUGUUGAAAGGUUCAGGGAGUAAAGUUGUUAAUGGUGAGAAAAAGGGUUUGCAAGAUAGUGUCUGUGCUCCUUAUGGUAGGAGAUAUGAUGGAUUGGUGGAGAAAUUGAAACCCGUUGAUGGUGAGACGAUCAGGAAUCUACCUGAUUAUGAUUGUAAUGGUGGAAGAGCUAAGUGCCAUGAAGUCACUAGGAAUGUGACUGGUACAGCUGAUGACUCUAAGUAUCCUAGAACUAUUAGGAACUUGACUGAUCAUCCGGCUGAGGAUUCUGAGUAUAUGCGUCUUAGGAAUGUGACUGAUCUUCCGGCUGAAGCUUCUGAGUAUAGACUUAUCAAGAAUGUGACUGGUCGUUUGGCCGAUGAUUCUGAGUAUCAUCGGCCUAUUAGGAAUGUGACUGAUCGUUCUGCUGAAGAUUGUGGAUAUCGUAGGCCUAUGAGGAUUGUGACUGAUCUUUCAACCGAAGAUCUUAGACAGACUAGGAAUAUCUCCGGACUUCCAGACGGAGAUUCUAAAUAUAAUGGAUGCACUAAGAAUAUGACUGAUUAUUCAACUGAAUAUGAUGAAUGUGCCAGGAAAGUGGCUAAUCAUCCACUUGAAGACGGUGAAUAUCCUAGAUGCGUGAGGACUGGUCAUCUGAUUGACGAAGCUGCAAAUCAAAGGCUUACUAGGAGUGUGAUAGGCUGUUUUUUUGAAGAUGAUGGGAGAAUCCGGAGGAGAGAAUACCCACAGCAUACGGAUAGACAAAGUCCAAGAAAUACUGACGAGAAAGGAUAUUGCCUUAGAUCUAGGAAUGAUGAUAGCUCUCCUUGUUUGACUCCACAUUCACAAUCUAAUGAUCGAAACAAUUCAUUCCGAAGAACUUCCUAUACUGAAUUUGAAGGUCCUCACCAGAAGGUUUUCCAUCAUCAACUUGAUUGCCUUGCAACUGAUGAUUGUAUUUCACCGUCAAGUUGCUAUGGUGCUCAUGGAAUGCUAUACUCUAAAGCUAGAGCCAAUGCUCGCCAUAUCCCUAGUGAGGAUAUUACAAGGCUAAAGUCAAAAUAUAAUCAAAAUUAUGCUGAGUACAUCUAUUCAACAAAUCCAAAUUCUGGAAAGCUUAAUAGAAUGGCUUUGUCUGAAGACAUAUAUGACAAAUAUGAGGAUGUGGCAUAUUACAGUGGCCGAGGUGAUGCAUUUGAAACUGGAGUUGUUGAUCCUUCCUUAACAACAUAUGGUUUCACUAGUAACUCUCGAGAAUGUGCUUUCGAAGAGAAUGAAUUACAUAGCUUUAGUCACACCCUGCAAGAGGCAUCUAAUGUGGAUAUGAAUGACUUCAACAGGACUGCCCAUGAGAUAGAUUAUGGUAGGGUUAAUUUGGAAACAAUGAACAGGUAUCUUGAAUAUGGGACAAUGGCUACUCAUGAACAAGAGUAUCUUUACCAAUCUGAUGAAUUGGGAUAUGCCGUAUCAUAUGAAGACCAAACAUGGAAUCAUCCACUGUUGGAUGAUAGAGCUCUUUAUGUGGAUGAAAAUCAACAACAUAGAUCUGAAUCAGGAGAUGUUGAUUUGCGUGACCAACUGUCUAAGCAUCAUAAAAGGAAGCGAGGAUUUGUUGACAAUACGAAAUGGUCAAAGCACAGAACUUCGAACUUGGGUGGUAGAGGUGCUCUGAGCUAUGACAAUGCUGAGCCUGAUAAUGAAUUUUUUCAUCCAAAUAAGAGAUCAAGCCACCAUAUUCAAUCAAAGAAAAAUGCAGGAAUGUCUAAAACUGACCAUACACUGUCAUUUGGUAGUUUAUCCGAGGAACUUCAAAGUCGAUUAAGCAAACCUUGUGAAUCUGAAAGUAAUGCUUUGAAAAACAGGCUGAAGCGCAAUUGUUUUGCUCCUCGUAUUCUUAGACCUCAAUCCUCUAAAUUUCUGAAGGGAAAUGGUAACCGUGUCAGGACUUUGAAUGUUGGUUACUCAACAUCUGCUCCACGAGCUAGCGGCAAAGCCAAGCCCACCCAGAUUAAAAAGAGACUUAAGCCAGCACACCAUAGGGAUGUCUCCCCAUCGGAUCCUCAAGCUUCGCAACUUGGCCUCAACUUGGAGUCGCAGCAGAAGCUAACCACUAAAAACCCUGAGAGUACCAAAGAAGCAGGUCUUUUCCAUGUAGCUGAUCUAGAUCAGUCAACACUCAAGGUGAAGCCUGCAGAGAAGGACCCACCUGAAAACUCUCUUGAACUCAAGUGUCAAGUGGACAAUUGGUUUUUGAAAUGCAUCCUUUACUUGAAUGGGAAUCCUGGUCGACAGAAAAAGUUUAAGGAGCUAGGAAGCGGUGGUACAUUGAAGUGCAUCAUAUGUUCCAGCUAUAAAGAGUUUAUGCAAACAAAAGAUGUUGCUAUGCAUGCAUUUACAUCUCUGAAGGUUGGGCUUAGAACACCACAUCUGGGGUUCCAUAGAGCUUUAUGCGUCUUGAUGGGUUGGGAUCCAUCAGCUCAAUCUAAUGGCCGCUGGAUUUGCAAAUCAUUGCCUGAUGUUGAGGCUUGUUCUUUGAAGGAAGAUAUAAUUGUUUGGCCACCUGUUUUAAUAGUUCACAAUGGAUCUCCAAAAACAUCCUAUAACAAUGAGCACGGGAAGAUCUCUGUGGGACAACUUGAGAAUAUUUUGAGAGAUAUGGGUUUAAGUGAAGGCAAUACCAGAAUAUGCCAUGGAAAAUCUGGAAAUUCAAAUAUUUUUCUGGUGAAGUUCAAUGCAACCUUUUCGGGUAUGCAAGAAGCAGAGAAACUGAAUAAUGUUUUUGCUGAGAAGAAACAUGGAAGGGCUGAACUUAAAGAGAUUGAUGCCGGGGCAGAGUGCAGCGAGGGAGUUUCUCAAGACAAGAUUGAAGACGCGUUGUAUGGCUACCUUGGAAUUGCGGAGGACUUUGACAAACUUAGUUAUGAUAUGAGGCGACAUUAUGUGGCAAAGAGUAAGAAGGACAUCCUAGCUCAUGUGCAGACUGCUAUAUAAAAGUGUCCUAUAAGAUACAGCAACUCAUUGUGAUCUAGAACUAACAUUUAGGAUGCAGUUAGUUACUAGGGUUAGUGCUAAAGUUUUUGCUUGUUAGCACCGUCAAAUAGGUUUUCUGCUUAAUGACCACUUAUGUCGAUAACUCUUUUGAUAUGUACGGAUGUACAUGUGCUAACUGUUGGAGCCUGUCAACUGCACUCCUUGUGAGUGGUGCAACUUUGGAAGUGCAUAGCAGCACAGUUUUUACUCACGUAAAUAUGAAUUUUCUUAUCAAAAUGGUCAGCCCUUUGAUCUUUGUAGAAAUUUCCAAAUUACUUGUAUAUUUCUGUUUGCUGAUGACAAUUUCAGAAUAUGGCUACCCCAAUACCGAUUCUUGAUUAGUGUUGUCCCUGCAAGAAAGGACUUGUGCUUACCACAAUCCAUGUUAGGCCUUGAUUGUUGUUUUUGAAAGAUAUGAAACAAAAGAAGAGUAGAACAAUUUACUCGUGUAUUAAGAAGGAGCUUAACGAGAUUUGACAAUAUAUAUUACGGGUUAUGUUAAAAAUUAUUAUACAGAUAAAGAUGAAGCUACUUAUGAAGAUUAUGUAGUAGAUGUGACUAGUAUACAAAAUGAAUAUAUAAGCCUUACG